UAUGUCGCGUCUCGCAGCGUGUUUCCCACUCGUUACUAUGUCGCGUGUUUCCUGUAACAUCGUGUCGCCCACUAACAAGCGUGUGUGUGUGUGUCUGUGUGUGUGUGUGUCUGUGUGUGUGUGUGUGUGUGUGUGUGUGUGUUGUACACUUCUUGUAUAGCACGUGGACAUUUCACAAGUAGCUCGCGGGCAGGGUGGGAUUUGUUGUUGUUUGUUUUAGGCUUAAAGGUGACAACACGUAUUUGUUUUACAAGCGGAGGUUGUAACUGUUUGUUGAGCCGACACGGAACAAAGAGGAGCUCCAGGUCUGUGCUGCCUCACGGACCACGCUGUGCGAAUGAGUGAUUGAUGCCAACUUCGCUUCUUCAGGGCAGAAUGGGUGCGUGUCCCCUGCUCCUGCUGCUCGGUCUCGCCCUCGGGGCCACCGCCCAGGACCGCGUCCCCACCACCAGUCCUCCGGGUGUCACGGACAAACCUUCAGACCCCCCCGCCGCACCCGCCCUCAACUUUACAGCCGCCCCCACAGGCCCACCCACAACGCUCGGCCCCACAAUCAUCCCAGUGACGACAACAACAACAACCGCCACAACAACAAGCCCAGCUGGUGAGGAGGACGUACGACCGGCUGGUCCCAACGCCACCGGGCGGUUGUUACCGGUCCCCGACCCCUCACCUCCAGCUCCAAGUGGUGCCCCUGAGGCUCCGCCUCCCACCGCUCCUCCCUCUCCCCCCUCCCCCGUGGGGUCGGUCAACGAGACCUUCGCCACAGACACCCCGACUCCAGAUUACAGUGAUGAGGGUUCAGUCGAGGAGCCGGAGACCAGCACACAACCAGGGAUGGGGGUCACCUCCGACACCAGCCCACAUGACAACACCCAGUCUGACGACAUGCCCAUCAUCGCGGUCAUGGUGGCCUUGUCCUCGCUGCUGGUCAUCAUCUUCAUCAUCAUCAUCCUCUACAUGCUCAGGUUUAAGAAGUACAAGCAGGCGGGAAGCCAUUCCAACUCCUUCCGACUGACCAAUGGCAGAUCUGAUGAUACAGAACUCCAGAGCGUGCCGCUAUUGGCCCGGUCGCCCAGCACAAACAGGAAGUACCCGCCCCUUCCCGUCGACAAACUGGAGGAAGAAAUGAACCGUCGCAUGGCGGAUGACAACAAGCUCUUCAGAGAGGAGUUUAAUUCGCUGCCAGUCUGCCCCAUCCAGGCAUCGUGCGACGCCGCCUCCAAGGAAGAGAAUAAAGAAAAGAACCGAUACGUCAACAUCCUGCCAUAUGAUCACUCCAGGGUGCACCUCUCCUCUCUGGAGGGAGUCCCAGACUCUGACUUCAUCAACGCUUCCUUUAUAAAUGGCUACCAAGAGAAGAACAAGUUCAUUGCAGCUCAAGGGCCAAAGGAGGAAACGGUGAAUGACUUCUGGCGGAUGAUCUGGGAGCAGAACACAGCCACCAUUGUCAUGGUGACCAAUCUGAAGGAGAGAAAAGAGUGUAAGUGUGCUCAGUACUGGCCGGACCAGGGCUGUUGGACAUACGGGAACAUCCGCGUGUCUGUAGAAGACACGAUGGUGCUGGUGGACUACACCAUCCGCAAGUUCUGCAUCCAACAGGUGGGAGAUGUGUCUGGGAAGAAGCCUCAGAGGCUGGUCACCCAGUUCCACUUCACCAGCUGGCCAGACUUCGGGGUGCCGUUCACCCCCAUCGGCAUGCUCAAGUUCCUCAAGAAGGUCAAGAAUUACAACCCGCAGUAUGCCGGGGCCAUCGUGGUCCAUUGCAGUGCCGGCGUGGGGAGGACGGGCACCUUCAUUGUGAUCGACGCCAUGUUGGACAUGAUGAACACGGAGAGGAAGGUGGACGUGUUUGGCUUCGUCACCCGGAUCAGAGCCCAGCGCUGUCAGAUGGUCCAAACCGACAUGCAGUACGUGUUCAUCUUCCAGGCGUUGCUGGAGCACUACCUGUACGGAGACACGGAGCUGGAGGUGACCUCUCUGGAGUCCCACCUGGCCAAGCUCUACGCCCCCUCACCGGGAGCAGGCUGCAGUGGUCUGGAGGCCGAAUUCAAGAAGUUGACGUCCAUCAAGAUUCAGAAUGACAAGAUGAGAACGGGCAACCUGCCGGCCAACAUGAAGAAGAACAGAGUCCUGCAGAUCAUUCCAUAUGAGUUCAACAGAGUGAUCAUUCCAGUCAAACGAGGAGAGGAGAACACCGACUACGUGAACGCCUCGUUCAUUGACGGCUACCGUCAGAAGGACUCCUACAUGGCGAGCCAGGGCCCCCUGCAGCACACCAUCGAGGACUUCUGGAGGAUGAUCUGGGAGUGGAGGAGCUGCUCCAUCGUGAUGCUCACUGAGCUGGAGGAGAGAGGGCAGGAAAAGUGUGCUCAGUACUGGCCCGGUGACGGAGCGGUGGUCUACGGGGACGUCUCCGUGGAGAUUAAACGGGAGGAGGAGAGCGAGAGCUACACGGUGCGUGACCUCCUGGUCACCAACAACAGGGAGAACAAGGCUCGAGCGGUGCGUCAGUUCCACUUUCACGGCUGGCCGGAGGUGGGCAUCCCCGCCGACGGCAAAGGCAUGAUCAACAUCAUCGCCGCGGUGCAGAAACAACAGCAGCAGUCCGGCAACCACCCGAUCACGGUGCACUGCAGUGCUGGUGCUGGCCGCACAGGGACUUUCUGUGCCCUGAGUACGGUCUUGGAGCGGGUGAAGGCGGAGGGCAUCCUGGACGUCUUCCAGACCGUGAAGAGCCUCAGACUGCAAAGACCACACAUGGUGCAGACGUUGGAGCAGUAUGAGUUCUGCUACAAAGUGGUCCAGGAGUACAUCGACGCCUUUUCUGACUACGCCAACUUCAAUUUCAGGGGUUCAGAUGUCACUCACGAUUGGAGAUCAGAAUAUCUGUGAUGUAUCUCAAGGACUCUCAAGGUCGAUGCCAAAACACACACACACACUGACUACCAGGAGCCAUUCAUGUCUGUCUCCGUGUGUGUGUGUGUGUGUGUGUGAACUCGACGGUGUGUGUUCACUGUCUUCUGUCUGCAGGAUGCCACAAUGAGGCCGAGUUUAGACAUUCAGGACCAGAGCGCGCUCUAAAAGGAUAAAGCUUCACUAAAAGAACGUAGAAAUAAAUACAGCAAAGACAUUUUAAGGAAAAUUGGUCAAAGGGUUAUGUUGAAUUCUCUUCCGUUACUGCUCCAUAACUCCAUGAUGGCGUCAUAGAAACCAUCACAUGUUAUGUCGCCAGCAUAUUUCUUCUUCUUGUUUACAGACGCACGUCAGUAUUCCUCGUAGAAUGUAUUGAGCUUUUCUGUCUGAAUCAACUCUCAUUUGUUUUUAACACCGGCUUCACGUCACUAUGCUGUAUAGUCACAAUUCAAAAAGAUAUGUUUGACGAACACGGAUGCCGAAGAAUGUCUCUUUUUUUUUAUUUGAAUGCUGUUGCUAACAUAUUCCUCAGACAUGUACACGCUGUUACUUAAAUAGUGAAGGUGUGCCAUGCCAUGUUUGCUCAUAUUUUAUUUUAUUUUUGAAUGGCUGUCCCGAGAGGACGUUAAGACUUGAAUUCCAGUGUUUUUAUGUUUUUUUUUUAUUUUCCCACGAGGUCAUAACGUCAGCUCAGAAAACGAUUGUUUAAACUUCCACAUUGAGUUCAUCUCCAACGCUCAUCCGAGUAUUCAGAUAUCAUGCUUUCUGCCUUGAUUUUAAUAGAUUUUAAAUGCCAUGAUAUUAAAACAAAUUAUAUUUCUUUUGAGUGUUUUCAAGCUAUUUCAAUCUUCUUCUUUUUUUUAAUGUAGAUUUCAACUGAGAGCCACAUUCUUGCGUCUUGUUUGGCGUCACCGAACCAAACCGCCGGUCUCGUGUUUAAUCACUUUUCAUAAUACACGCAGCGCCAUCGCGUUCCUGAUUUUAUCGACGGUGGAGACGGCGUGGUAAAAAAAAAAUUCCCAGGAAGGGGCGUCGCCCUUCAAACAACCAAAUAUAGGAGACGAGGUCAGCAGGACGGUUCAUAAGAAAUAUAAGAGAGAUAUAUAUAUAAUCUAUCUGGAACUGGCGCGCGUUCAGGUCUCAGAGCCUAAAGGUAGCAGGUAUGAGCAUCGACCAAUCACUGAAGCGUUGGUUUUGAGGUCUUCUUUCCUUCCAAAGUGCCCGCACUGUUAGUCAGGUGCCUUUUCAUUUCCUUCGUGUAUUACGUUGUCACUUAUUGGGUCUUUACUCCACAGACGGGGACGCUCUUUGUGUGUUUGGAUCAUGUGACUUUGGUUCUGCUGUCAAACGGAACCUUUUAAGAAGUGCCUCACUGUUGGGUUCUAAAAGGACUCGACCUGAACGUACGACACGUGGAGUUUCCUUUAAUUACCUGCAGACGGAUGACGACCUGCUUUUGAUUGACAGAUCAAUCAAUGGGGCCCCCCCCCCCCCCCCCCC